AUGACCAAAAAGAGAAGCUGGAAGAAUAAUGAGACCGUGGUGCUCACGGAAGAAUGCAGCGCCAUCAUCCAACACAAAUUGCCCCAGAAAUUGAAAGAUCCUGGGAGUUUCCAAAUCCCUUGUAUCAUUGGGGAGAUCACUGUGGAAAGGGCUUUAUGUGAUCUAGGAGCCAGCAUAAACCUAAUGUCUCUAGCAAUGAUGAAAAAAAUGAAGAUUGAGGAAGCCAAACCAACAAGAAUAGCGCUGCAACUAGCAGACAGAUCAUUCAAAUUUCCCUAUGGGAUAGUAGAAGAUCUGCUGGUGAAGGUGGGAGACUUCAUCUUUCCAGCAGAUUUCGUCGUAUUAGACAUGGAGGAAGGAGCUAAGACUUCCAUCAUCCUGGGAAGACCAUUCUUAGCCACUGCCGGAGCCAUUAUUGAUGUCCAAAAGGGUGAACUUGUCCUUAGAUUACAUGAGGAGAAAAUGACAUUCAAUGUGUUUAAGGCCAUGAGUUACCCAGACAAAUCAUUGGGAGAAUAUAUGAGAUUGGACUCCGUAGAGGCUUUCGUACAAGAAACUCUUGAAGAAGAACUUGAAGCAUCAACAGAAGAAGAAUUAGCAGCAAGCGAAGAAGCUGCAGCCGCUGAAAUACAUGUUUAA